CAAUCCCUGUCAUCCUAUUGGUCGUAUACACUCACGUGACAGGGUCAUUUUCGCGUUAUAAGCGUCUGUUACACUUUACGCGGGUACGCGUUGUAUACGGAACGACCGUUGAGAAAGACCAACACAGACAAAGAUGGCUGGAGGUAAAGCAGGUAAAGAUUCCGGAAAGGCUAAGGCGAAGGCUGUUUCACGGUCGGCGAGGGCAGGCCUUCAGUUCCCGGUCGGCCGUAUUCACAGGCAUUUGAAGAACCGAACGACUAGCCACGGCCGAGUCGGUGCCACCGCCGCGGUGUACUCUGCUGCUAUCUUGGAAUACCUCACAGCAGAAGUUUUAGAAUUGGCGGGUAACGCUAGUAAAGACUUGAAGGUGAAGCGUAUAACGCCGCGUCACUUGCAGUUGGCCAUCAGGGGUGAUGAAGAGUUAGACUCAUUGAUCAAGGCAACUAUCGCUGGCGGUGGUGUCAUUCCUCACAUCCACAAGAGUCUGAUUGGCAAGAAGGGAUCACAGAAAGCCUCAUAAGACACCUCAGCACUAUCCAACCAAUCAAAACACCUCUUCAACUGCACACACUUGGCCGACCACACCCAUGGCCAAGCUGACCACACCCGUUGUGUAGCCGGACACGCCCACAGGCACCAACACCCAAAUUGUUGAUUUUUCAACAAUGUCUUUGUCGGAUUCUCUUGUUUGGGUUAUGUCACAAUUGUAAUUUUAUUUCUCCUUUUUUUAUUUUUGAAAUCAACUUUUGGGUCGCCAACUUAGAAAUAGUGCUCUCUAGAGAGAUUUUUAUUUAAUGUAAAUGAGCAUGUGCGAGUCUGUGACAUUGGAAAAAAAGUGGGUUUUAUCGGCCAUUUUGGGAUCUUCCCAGCCGGAUGUAUAUAGUGCAACAGACCUCGUUCGUAUACACACGUAGUUUGUAGUUCAUAACUUGGGUUUAGAAAUCUUCAUUAGUUUGUAUGAAAGUAUUGAUUUUUAAAGGGUUUUGUUUAUUUCUUUGUUUUUUUCUUCACAGCAAGUGUUUUUCCACAAAGAUGAGUUACCGUGUAGUUUUCUUGUGUUAAGAACUUCCUGAGAUGUAGCUAGCGGAGAUUGUACAUGUAAAUUUGCACUGUGUAUUAGUGCGCAAGGACCCAACUGAAGAAAAAACUUUAAAAGAUUUUCGAACGAAUGACUACUGGAGGCAUUCCUUUUUAAUUAAAGACAAAUAUUCUUAAAUUUGUAUUCUUGUGUAAAAGGCCAAAAAAAAAAGCAAGAAAAUGACACUUUGAUCUUAAAAAUUUCAAUAGUGUGUUCAAAUUUGUAGGUUUGUGGCUUAAUCUCACCAAGUUGGUUUGCUCAUCUGAAAAAUAAUUGGUUUUCCCGUCAACGAAAUUGUUGGAAAAUUGUUCCGUUGCUUGUGUAUUGGCCACUGAUUUUUAAUCCAAUGACAAGUUGUGUAUUACUGGAAGUGAUUUUUUGUAUUUGUUUACUUAGCGUAGGUUGUGAUAUAAGAAUUUGAGUGGGAAAUAACAAUACUGGAGGGUUCUCCAUUUUAUACAUGAAAAA